GUCUGUGAAUAUUGUGUGUUUUCUAUUAUUUUCAUUACCACUUUCAUUGUUGAACUUUUUUACUGACCAGUAAGAAAAGAGUUUGUAUCUUUGAAUUCCUGCCCAUGACAAUUUUACGCUUUUUGAGUAGAAUGUGCCGGUCGUGAUUCAAUUAAAUAACUGAAUCCGAUUUCAAGUGAAGGAAGUUUUCUAUUUCAAUGAUGGUGUCAAAUGCAGUAUAAAUAGUGAAUUUUAUAGCCAUUAUGUAUCAUUCUCUUGUAGUGCUCUGUAGAAAAGAAAAAUGCUGCAAUUGAGUUGUUACAUAUUGAUUUUGGUUACAGUUUGUUCUUCAAAUCGUGUCAAAGAAUACCAUCCAAAACGUCAAGAACAGAAGGUAGAAGCCAGUAAUUCUUUCGAUAACAAAAUCGAUACUGGACAUCAUGUUACUGGUUUACUCCACCCCACCUCCAGUGACGUAGGUCACAGCAGCGGAGCAGAACUGGGAAGUAUCGCCCAUAAUUCGGCAGUACAAGCAGAUCGAGCAGUACAAACCCAACAAACUGCUGGCAGUCAAGCAGCUUUCGGAAUCAAGAGCACCUUAGCAGGUGCCGCUCUUGGGGCUGCUCAAGCCGCCCAAGCAGCUGUGGUAGGCAAGCAAGCCAUAGUUGGAAACCUCAAACGCCAGCUUACCGAAGCUCAGCAACAACUCCAAGGCGAACUAGCGCUGUACCAGCAAUCUGAAGCUACUUCUCAAGCUGCCCGUAACACCGCUCGUCAAUCUCAAGCUCAGCUAGCCACAUUAACAGCUGCCUUAGCUGCCGCCCAAGCAGGAGCUCAACAUGCCAACCAAGCAGCUAGCGAAGCAGCCAAUAGCAACGCGGCUCAGCAUUCAAUGAUUGUUACAGCGAAACAGAGAGUGGAUCAACUUCUCAGUUUACUACAGGGCGCUACUGGAGAACUGCAGGAGACGCAAGCUUCAGCUAGGAAGGCUCUUGAAUCUGCUAAGCAGGCCCAGGCGAAUGCGGUAGCUGCCGGUCAAGCUGUCAACGGAAGUGGAAAGCAAUCUCUCCUACUGAGUCAUCCCUUCUGAGGCAUUCGGGCUCAAUAGAAAUGUUUUCACGUUUUGUGAUCUGUCAAGUAUUUUGACGUUUCACUGAAACAAUUCAGAAUAGAAACAUCAUUCGAAAACUGUUCACAUUGAAAUUUUUUUGUUAAAAAAAAACUGAAUUUCUCAUAUGUAUAACCCAGA